CCUCCCCCAGGAACAUAGCAUCAGGAACAUAGCAUCAGAAUCAUCCUACUAUGGAUUUUUCACUCGGUCUAAGAAUGCUUUUUGCCACGCUCAUUCAUAUUUGAGUCCUACAUGGCCCUCCUAGUCCAUGUCCACUUAGCACCGAACCAAAAACAAGAUGUACCUAUCAUCUCUCCUCACUUUAGCAUCUGGCUUGCUAGCCAUAGCGCUUCUCUCAUAUAUAAUAUACCAAGUCAAAUUUCAUCCUCUGGCUAAAUACCCUGGGCCUUUCCUCGCGAAAUUGACUAAUGCUUACGCUGCCUAUCAUGCAUGGAAGCAAGACAUCCACAUCGACAUGUGGAGAUGUCACCGAAAAUAUGGUGCCUUCAUGCGAUACGGUCCUAACACUGUUCUUGUCAACACCGUUGCGGGCAUGAAAGAUAUCUAUGGCUCCGGCGAAAAGGUAAUCAAAAGCAAAAGCUACAAUGCCAUGGUCCAUCGCACUCCCAGCGUGCUCACCAUCCGAGACCGGAAGGAGCAUUCUGCUCGUCGCAGGCUCAUCGGACAAGGUAUGGGUGAUGCAGCCAUGCGUGCUCAUGAACCAACAGUCAUGAGACAUGUUGAUGCGUUGUGCGAGCAACUAGCACCUCUUGAUGGCAGCUGGUCAGAGCUGCAGGAUAUGGCCGAGUGGAGCAGCUAUCUGCUGUUCGACAUCAUGACCGAAGUCGUUUUUGGCUUGAAGUAUGAUCUGAUCGGGAGCAAGGCGCAUCGUCACGUCAUCGACGCGAUUGCAAUUGCUAACAUCCGAACCACCAUCUUGUUGUACUUCCCUAAGUUAAUGUGGAACCGGCUUGACAAGAAACUGUUGCCGGCGUCCAUUGCGGCCCGUAAUGCGUUUCUGAUGUUUAUGGGAAAGCUACUCCACGAUCGCUAUCGGGUGAAGCCCGCAGACAAUGCUAGGGACGUCCUCUCCGCACUUCUCAAAGUGCGCGACGUAGAUACAGGCAAGGGGCUCAACACCGAACAAAUCAAUGCUGAUAGCACCACCCUCGUAAUUGCCGGCUCCGACACAACCGCCACCGCCCUCUGCGCACUCUUCUUCUACCUCGGGCGCCAUCCAUACGCCUACCAGCGCGCCCGCGACGAAGUCCGCAAUGCUUUUACCACGCGCGACAUGAUCCGCCCGGGCGCUGCCCUUAACUCAUGCACCUACCUACGUGCUUGCAUUGACGAGACGUUACGCCUGACGCCCCCCAUUGGCGGCUCACUGUUACGCGAGGUGGCGGCCAGCGGCGGCAUCAGUAUUGACGGGCACAUGUUCGCGCCCGGCACCGACGUGGGAACUUCCAUCUACGCCAUACACCACAACCCAAACUACUUUGUGCGUCCGCACGCCUUUAUGCCGGAGCGCUGGAUUGGCGAUGACAACGACGACAAAGGGGAGGCAGAGACCCGGCGCGUUCAGCACAAGGCUAUGCACGUCUUUAGCUCCGGCCCGCGCGGGUGCGUGGGCAAGAGCAUGGCGCUAGUCGAGCUCAUGUUGACCAUGGCCACCGUACUAUGGACCAUGGAUAUGCGGCCAGCUACGGGCGCAGCAGGCGAUGUGGGCGGCGGCAAUCCCGACAGCGGCGUGCUAGGCCGGCACGACCCCGACGAGUACCAGCUGUUUCACGGGGGCAUCACGAGUAUCAAGAAAGGGCCCUUGUUGCAGUUCUCAAGGCGUCGAUUGGGAAUGGUAGGGGUGGCGGGUCAGCCGUGAGCGUUUGCUUUACAUGUUAAUACUCCUUAUACUUAGUCUUGCUCUAUACUG